GAUUAUUGGCGGUAACGAGAGCGAACGAGAGGUAUAAAAAAGGAUUAUUUUUAUAUUUUGUCACCAAAAUCAAGAAAUCAGAAAAGUUAAAUCUUCGAAUCGAUCUUCUUCGUGUAAUCUGCGAUCUAUAACGAACCGUCUUGGAAUAUUUAUCAUCUAAGGAUACUCAAAAAGUAUCACAGAGGUCAAGAUCAAGAGCAAGAAAGCUUAAUCAUUUGCGAGGAUGGACCCGCAACAUACUGGUGAUUUGUUCAAGCAUCUAGAGAAGCAGAAUGAGUUACUCAAGGAAGCUCAUAAAACCAUGUCACAGGAAAUUCAAAAACUCAUGGUGGAAGAACAGAUGAUGAUGCAUAAACUCUAUGAGCUAAUGGUUACUCAUCGUAAAAAUAACAAGGAAAUGAAGAAAACUCAAAAUGUGUUGGAAGGAAAAGAAACGCUUGAAGAAGCUUCUUCUUUAGCAAUAGUUCCUACUGGUGAUGAAGAACAGUGAGUAACUCACAUUUUAUAAACCAGGAUAGACCAGCCCGGUUUGUGAUAGGCCUAAUUGUAUUAGUUUUGAGAGAAACAGUGUCUUAUGACACUGAUUUUUGAUUCUUGAGCUCUCUUUACAAAGAAUCUGCCACCUAUGUACAUGUAUAAAAUAUAUAUAUGCAAUCGCUGA